GCCUCCCUCAGCCCUUCCGGCGGCAUCUGGGCAGGCACCAUGAGCAACUCGCCCUUUCUGGAGCUGUGGCAACCCAAGACCGUGUCCAUCCGCGAGGGGCUGGGCAUCGGGGACCAGCCCAGCGACAGCUACUGCUACAACUCCGCCAAAAACAGCACCGUGCUCCAGGGCGUCACCUUCGGCGGGGUCCCCACGGUGCUGCUCAUCGACGUCAGCUGCUUCCUGUUUUUAAUAUUGGUGUUUUCCAUCAUACGGAGAAGAUUCUGGGACUAUGGCCGCAUUGCCUUGGUGUCAGAAGCUGGCAGUGAAUCCAGAUUCCAGAGAUUGUCAUCGUCUUCCGUAGGGCAGCCUGACUUUGAAAAUGAGCUGGGCUGCUGCCCCUGGCUGACCGCCAUCUUCCGCCUGCAUGACGACCAGAUCCUGCAGUGGUGUGGGGAGGACGCCAUGCACUACCUGUCCUUCCAGAGACACAUCAUCUUCUUGCUGGUGGUGGUCAGCUGCUUGUCCCUGUGCGUCAUCCUGCCCGUCAACCUCUCGGGCAACCUGCUAGACAAAGACCCCUACAGUUUUGGGAGGACGACGAUAGCGAACCUACAGACGGACAACAACCUCCUGUGGCUGCACACCGUCUUCGCCAUCGUUUACCUCUUCCUCACUGUGGGCUUCAUGCGACACCACACCAAGUCCAUCAGGUACAAAGAGGAGAACCUGGUGAGUGAGGCUGGGGGGCGUGAGGGGGGCGGGGCCGAGGGCACCCGGCUUUCUGGAGGCGCAGAAGCGGAGCUUCAGAGGCGGCUGCGGGGUGCUGGCUUCCCGCCUGCUGGAGUUGACCCGCUGCAGCUGCAGACCCGGGCAGAGCCGGGUGAGCUGCUGGGCCGGGCGUCUCCUCAGAGCCGCCGUGGACUGACGUGGCCCCUCGACGGGCUGAGUGACUGGCAGGCAGACGGCUGUCCCCUGGAAUGCAGACUCGGCCGGGCUCAGAACGCGUACCCCACGUGCGAGGUGGUGGAGGUUCAGUUGUGCUACAAUGUGGCCAAGCUGAUUUACCUGUGCAAGGAGAGAAACAAGACCGAGAAGAGCCUGAGCUACUACACCAACCUGCAGAGGAAGACGGGCCAGCGGACGCUCAUCAACCCCAAGCCCUGCGGCCACUUCUGCUGCUGUGAAGUGCAGGGGUGUGAGUGGGAGGACGCCAUCUCCUACUACUCGCGCUUGAAGGACAGGCUGCUGGAGAGGAUGACGGAGGAGGAGGCCAGGGUCCAGUGCCAGCCCCUGGGGAUGGCCUUUGUCACCUUCCAGGAGAAGGCCAUGGCCACCUUCAUCCUGAAAGACUUCAACGCCUGCAAGUGCCAGGGCCUCCGGUGCAAAGGCGAGCCCCAGCCGUCCUCCCACAGCACAGAGCUCUGCACCUCCCAGUGGACGGUGGCCUUUGCCACCUACCCCGAGGACAUCUGCUGGAAGAACCUCUCCGUCCAGGGCCUCCGCUGGUGGCUGCAGUGGCUGGGCGUCAACUUCACGCUCUUCGUGGGGCUCUUCUUCCUGACCACGCCCUCCAUCAUCCUGUCCACCAUGGACAAGUUCAAUGUCACCAAACCCAUCCAUGCGCUGAAUGACCCCAUCGUCAGCCAGUUCUUCCCCACCCUGCUCCUGUGGUCCUUCUCGGCCCUCCUCCCCACCAUCGUCUACUACUCUACCUUGCUGGAGUCCCACUGGACCAAGUCGGGGGAGAACCGGAUCAUGAUGACCAAGGUCUACAUAUUCCUGAUCUUCAUGGUGCUCAUCCUGCCGUCCCUCGGCCUCACCAGUUUGGAUUUUUUCUUCCGGUGGCUCUUUGACAAAACCGCCUCCGAGGAUGCGUCCGUCCGGCUGGAGUGCGUCUUCCUGCCCGACCAGGGCGCUUUCUUCGUGAACUACGUCAUCGCCUCGGCCUUCAUCGGCAACGGCAUGGAGCUGCUGCGGCUGCCGGGCCUCAUCCUCUACACCUUCCGCAUGGUGGUGGCCAAGACGGCGGCCGACCGCAGGAACGUCAAGCAGAACCAGGCCUUCGAGUACGAGUUCGGGGCCAUGUACGCCUGGACGCUGUGCGUCUUCACCGUCAUCAUGGCCUACAGCAUCACCUGCCCCAUCAUCGCCCCGUUCGGCCUCAUCUACAUCCUGCUCAAGCACAUGGUGGACCGGCACAACCUCUACUUCAUCUACCUCCCGGCCAAGCUGGAGAAGCGGACCCACGUCGCGGCCGUGCGCCAGGCACUGGCGGCUCCCAUCCUGUGCCUCUUCUGGCUCUACUUCUUCUCCUUCCUGCGCCUGGGCCUGAAGGCCCCGCUCACCUUGUUCACCUUCCUGGUGGUUCUGCUCACCAUCCUGGUCUCCCUCGCCUACACCUGCUUCGGCUGCUUCAAACACCUCAGCCCUCUGAACUAUAAGACGGAGGAGCCGCCAAGUGACAAAGGAAGCGAGUCAGAGGCCCCCGGGCCUGCACCCUUCACGGUAAGUCACAUCUCGGCCCGGUCAGCUCCUGCGGCGCCGUCCCCCAGGGGCGCAGGCAGGCCUCUGACGUCACGGCGCCCGAGGGGUCCCCAGUCCCGGUGGGCGUGUGGCCUGCUGGGUCCCUGGGAACGGGGCUCACCGCCGUGUGGGGCGUCCCGCCCGGGGUCAGUUCCCCGCUCUUUCCUGCCCGCCCAGUUAACGGCCGGGGAGCUCCACACGGACACGGCCCCUGCUUAG